AUUUCUUCUGAACAGCUUGCAAAUAUACCAUAAUCUUUUCUAAAGUGUACGAUUGAAUCAAUAAAAAUUUUUAAAAAGAAUACUCACAGUACUCCGUUGUGUGCCUUUUGAGUAGUGUACAAAAUGUUACACUGGACUAUUCCAUCAUCCUAAAUAGUUGGGGUUGAUAUCGUGAUCGCACGUGUGCCGCGGUACCUCGACAUCGAUCGAUCCGGCGCGACCAGAUCAUGUCAUGCAUGUCAGAUCAUAGCGGUGUGUAUAUGUACAUUUUUUGUCGCGACAGAUCGGCGUAGUGUGCUAGUAUCGGCGUAGUAAAGCUAAACCUCCGCCCAGUCAAUCACCAUGUCAGCCGGUAAAUGCCAGAUCACCAAGCCAGCCCCGGAUUUCUCCGGACCAGCCGUUAUGCCCAGCGGGGAAUUCAAAGACAUCAAACUGUCGGACUACAAAGGAAAGUACCUAGUUUUCUUCUUCUAUCCGUUGGAUUUCACCUUUGUCUGCCCGACGGAGUUGAUCGCCUUCAGUGACCGCGCUAAAGAGUUCAGGGAUAUCGGUUGUGAGCUGCUGGCUUGCUCUUGUGACUCCCAGUACAGCCACUUGGCCUGGACAAACACACCCCGUAAAAAGGGCGGCAUUGGCAACAUGAGCAUUCCCCUUUUGGCUGACAAGAGCUGCAGGAUCGCCAAGGAUUACGGUGUUCUCAUAGAGGAAGAUGGCGUGUCGUUCCGCGGUCUCUUCAUCAUCGACAACAAAGGUAUCCUCCGUCAAAUCACCAUCAACGACCUCCCAGUAGGACGCUCAGUAGAUGAGACAUUACGAUUGGUCCAGGCCUUCCAAUUCACCGACAAGCAUGGAGAAGUUUGUCCUGCCGGCUGGCGCCCAGGAGCCGAGACCAUCAAGCCAGACGUCAAGAAGAGCCAAGAUUAUUUUAGCAAGAACUGAAAAAAGAAUCUUCAGAUACGUGUAACGUCUUGAACAAGCAUGCAUAUAUAGUCCUAUGUUUGAACAUAUUGCACUCUAUGAAAGUACAGGUACUGGUCCCCUUUUACCAUGUGUUUACUGUAGUUUUGUUUCAGAGUUGGUCAGAGAGAGGGUUUCAGGGAACUAUAUGAAGUGUGUGCUUUCCCUGAGGCCUUUGACAACAAGUUAGUACGUUGUCCGAUAAAUGUUGUUUGGUAGCAAAGAAUAACUUUUUAUGGGAGAGAUUUGAGUUUAUGUUUGCCAGUAUCUUUUUUACACCAGCCUAUCACUUGACAUCUUUGGAUUUUUUUGUGGUAUUUGGCAAAAGGAUUAUUUUAAAGGUAUUAGUUUGAAAACUGUCCAGACUUCCUGGGGAAUCUGUUUGUUUGGAUGUGAGGGAUGUUUUUCUAGAUUUGCUGUUCCUCAAGCAGAGUUAGGGCUCACUUCCUUUUGCAACUGGGGAGCAACAAAGAUUUCAGAAGACGACAAAAAGAAGGAACAAAAAUGUGAGAAUAUUGUCCAUAAUAUACUGGUCUGCUUUGUCUCUGCACUUCACUCCAUGUUUGUUUGUUUUUUUAAUCCCGGCACGGACCCCAUCAAUCCCAGACUUCCCAGUACCACUCACUUACAGUACUUGCAAUGACUGAUAUUCGAAUAGCUUAAACGUUUUGCACGCAGCACACGUAGGCCAGAGAGCACAUUUACUAAACACAGGUGGCGCACUCAACUCCUCUUCCACCAUUUACCAGCCCCACAAGAAUCACAUCACUGUCAUGAAAAUGAUGUCAUGAACAGUGCCACAAAUGGUGCCUCAGUCCUCCAUACACAUGAAGCAAGAUAUGGGACGAAGAGCACACCCCCGCGCACACCUUUGUGUUGGUCAUUGCUUGAUCAGAAUCUCAGGAAUUCUUUACAGACAUCUAGGGGGGAUGUGGUAGGUAACAAUGCUCCAGAGUCUCUAUAGGGAUUGGACAUGUACCAAGGGUACCCUUCCGUCCCUUGUCUUGCUGGGUAUACCUCUUUGUCAGGCAUUGUGAUUGUGAUGCCCUGCCCGCAUACGCAUUUGUCCAGUAUUGACUGUGAUUGUGGUUUCUGAUUUUGUGUUUGAUGGUUAUCACAGUUGUCCCUAAUAGAGGAAGAUGUGUUUAUUUUUAAAAAGUCGGUAUUCCAUCAUUAGUAUUGCUCUAACAUUUGGUGCGUUUGUAUAUUACCCCCCCCAAAAAAAAAAUAAAACAGGUGAAUUCUCAUUUCAGAAGUUUUGAAAAGUCUUUUUUCACAGUAAACAGUACUUGUUUGGGAGGGGGAUUCAAGGUAUACAAGUAGCAUACAGUCAAACCUUGUUAAUAAGAGAUCCUUCGGACUUAGCAAAUUACCUUGUCAUAACAGGAGCCUUGUAUUAUCCGGAGUGAAAACAAUGGCAACAGAAUAUUGGGACCUAAAAAUUUUGUACUAACAGAAGCAGAAUCUUGUACUAACAGUGCUCUUAGUAACGAGGUUCGACUGUACAGUGAGAAGCCACUAGAUCUUGGAUCAAUCCUUUGUCAGCUCCUGUCAAGAAGCUGAAUAGUGGAGCAUUGUACACGAGCAUGCACUUGCCAAGACUUUGUUUAUACUGUCCCAGCAGUGUGUGGAAAGAUUUGGAGCCAGCGAUCAUGGUUAGAUAAUCUGUAAGAAUCAGGUUAUAAUUUGGGGGGUACUUGUAAUAAGCAUAUACCAGCACUAGAUGUCAACUUGCUACGCUUGUAUUAGAAAAAUUAAUAGUACAUGUAUUCAGGAAAUAUUAUUUCUUCACUGUCAGUACUGGCUGCUUUUGCAGUUUCCAAAGUGGACAACUUGUAAGUGGGUAUUUGCUCUUGCCAAAAUUAUUUUAAGAGUAGACAAUCUCACUCGGACUAGUCUGAACACAGGAUCACUGCACUUUCAGGACGCACAAAAGCAGUUCUUUGGUAGGGACUGGCUCAUCACGUGUGUGCACAGGUUUAUUCACACUUUGAAUGGGAUGUCCUGAACAUGCACACCCGAUUUCCAUUUGAAUGUACAUAAACGGUCUUUGGGUGUGCGUUGGGCAUGGCGAGAGACUGAUAAAAAAGCUAUCCUCUGGCAUAUCUCUUCUCUGGUGGUGAAGCUCCGCUUCAGAGUGCAAGAAAGGGUGGGCAGUGGAACCAGAUACCUGAAUACCCACCUGUUGAUACCAGGGUCCACUUCCCAGUCAUGGAUACCCUUUAUGGGUAGCAAGGUACCCUUGUUUACUUCAAAGGGGUACCUGGUUCCUGCACGGCAUGUAAAUGCACGCAACAGGUACCAAACACCCAGCCUUUGAAAAUAGUUGAUGGCUUCUGGUAUAAUGUUCAACCAUUACUGGAGAAAUCCUUCAGUGCACAGGAAUCCCAUCACUGAAUGGAACAAGAUGUGACCCAACAAGAUGAGUCGAAAGGAUGGUGCUGAGACACUUUUCAUCAAAUGUUUCUAGAAGAAUCUUGCACAGUGUAAACUGAAUGGAACUCUCAGCAUUUUUCACCAACAUAAAGUCCUUUCAGACUCGUUUUGUGGGAUCUAGUCACUUUUUAUAUACAGUCAUUAGUUUUUGUUACUUUAAUACUUGGUAAGUUGGUGAGGUUUACUUGCCUAGUUUCCAAAAAUGUUUGUACCUGGAUAUCUACCUUUUUUUAACUACACGUAUUCCUAAAUUUCUGAGUGCCACUGUCGCAGCUGUUCUUAAUCAUUUUCACAAGACCAAAUAACAGUCCAUCCAAGCAAAAACUAUUGAAGUUGCAGAGUGCAUUUUGGGAUCAAUUAGAAUUGCCAACCUGUGGAGAUGUUAGGCAGCAACGUGCAACCUGCUGACUCUCUGACCUUGCUCAUUUGCAGGUUUUUAUAUUUAAAAAAGGGAAAUACCAAGACAUUCUGUAGUCACUUAGCACCAUUUGUGAAGGUGUAAUCACGGGCGAAAGAGUCUUAGAGACAGACAUUUGUGUAGGUGGUAUAUAUUUAGUGGAAGAUAAAAAUAGUUGUGUUACCUUCGAUUUUGACAAAGUCAAGUCCAUGAAUCAAUGCCAGUUGUUACAUGUACUCUGGAGCUUUAUUGUCGUUGAAACCUCUUGAGACCAUCUUAAGACCCCAUAAGACUAAUGCUAGAACCUCCAGUCUGAAUUCAAGUCACAAGCCAUUAAAUGAACUGCAACGAAAGCAUCCCUUGUCAGUGUUCAACCUGUUGCUCUUUACAAGACUUGCGUCUGAUGGGCUUGUGUCUGGUCUUGUGCAUGGCCAUCUGAUGGUCUUGUGUCUGGUCUUGACUACAGCGCUGGUCCAGAGCAACCAAAUUUUUCAAAUUGGUUUUGAAAUUAUCAGAAUGAUAUUCAUCAGCUUGUUCAGUCAACGAUGAAGGCAUUUUAAAGUGAGCAGGUACUAAUCAUUUCUCACCAUCUGCUUGCAAAAAAGUCAUUUUCUAACAGUUACAGAACCAUGCAGUGUGUGAAAUAUCUCGUUUUCAGUUUCAGUACGAAACAGUACAGUGGUACCACUAUAAUUGGCUCAUUUUUCAGCACUAUUAAUGUUUGUCCCACGUAUUCUGAAGUGAUCACUAACGGUGUGUGUUGAAAAACAUGAGUUUGAUAACCAAUAAAUGUAGAUUUGGCACCAAU